AUGAGUCGCAACGCUCAUAUGACUGUCUCGCUGAUCUUUCAUUCUUUACCAACCUCUGUUCAACAAGCAAUUUUUUGGAAAUCAAAGAAAACGGCUUUCUGGAGCUCAAGAAAAGACAAAAUUUUGCCUCCAUCAGGUCCAACAGGGAAGAAAAACAAGGGCUCGAACAAAUCAGUACAGCAGGCAGCCAAACCCAAGGAGGACACCAGGCACGCAACGGCGGCUACCAGUGGUGGUGAACAAACAGGCGAUCGUAGUACUGGUGGUACAGAUGCCAGUCGUCACAGCUUUUAUAUCGCUGAUAAAAAACGCGAGAGCUAUCAUGACAGCUGCGAUACUAGUGAGCACACCAAUGAUGAGGUGCAGAACUUUCACGAAGUUAGAGCCCAUGAGCGAGGAAGUUAG